UCUCUCUCUCUCUCUCUCCCUCUCAAUCCAACCGUCCAUCACAAUGACGGGCCCCACCAUCGAAGAAGACGGCUUCUCGGCGACCCGCCUCUUCAACCAGGGCUUCUCCUACACCUACGACGACGUGAUCUUCCUUCCUCAUUACAUCGACUUCCCGACCGAUGCCGUCUCCCUCUCCACAAAGCUCUCCCGCAACAUCGAUCUCACCAUCCCUUGCGUUUCCUCUCCCAUGGACACUGUCUCCGAAUCAUCCAUGGCCGUCGCCAUGGCCGCUCUCGGUGGAAUCUCUAUCCUCCAUUACAACAACACCCCCUCCGAGCAAUCCUCCCUCAUCCGCUCCGCCAAGUCUCGCCGCAUCCCCUUCAUCUCCGAUCCCAUUUUCAAAUCCCCCUCCGAUCCCAUCGACUCCGUCUCCGAAUUCGCCACCUCUCCCUGCAUCUUCGUCACCCAGUCCGGCACCUCCAAGUCCAAGCUCCUCGGCGUUGUCUCCCGAUCCGACUGGGAUGAGCUCAAGGACAAGGAUGCUCCUGUCUCCGACUACAUGUCACCGGCUCCCGUCUCGGCCCCGUCUAGCUAUUCCUUCGAACAGGCGGCAGGCGUGCUGGCCGCGCAGAAGCUUGAUUAUCUGACUCUGGUUUCAAAUGGGGAGGAGGUUGUGGAUCUAGUGACGGCUAAUGACGUGGAGAGGAUCCAGGGGUUGCCGAAGCUGGGCCUUCCAUCACUCGGGACUGAUGGGGAGUUCAUGGUGGGGGCUGCGGUGGGGACGAGGGAGCAGGACAAAGAGAGGCUGGAGCUUUUGGUGAAGGCAGGUGCGGAUGUCAUUGUGUUGGAUAGCUCACAGGGGAACUCGAUUUAUCAGAUUGAGAUGAUCAAGUAUGUGAAGAGGACGUAUCCGGGGCUGGAUGUCAUAGGGGGGAAUGUGGUUACGGCGUACCAGGCGCAGAAUUUGAUACAGGCGGGCGUUGAUGGAUUGAGGGUCGGGAUGGGUUCGGGGUCCAUUUGCACCACACAGGAGGUUUGCGCUGUCGGGAGAGGACAGGCCACAGCAGUUUACAAGGUUGCAUCUGUUGCUGAGCGUGGUGGUGUGCCUAUCAUUGCUGAUGGAGGGAUUGCAAAUUCUGGACAUAUUGUCAAAGCUUUGGUACUUGGUGCGUCUACUGUUAUGAUGGGCAGUUUCUUAGCUGGCAGCAAUGAGGCUCCUGGAGUUUAUGAGUAUCAGGGCAAUCGUCGAAUAAAAAAGUAUAGAGGCAUGGGCUCCCUUGAAGCCAUGGCAAAAGGGAGUGACGCUCGGUACCUUGGUGAUACAGCCAAGCUAAAGAUUGCUCAGGGAGUGGUAGGGGCAGUACCCGACAAAGGUUCUGUUUUGAAGUUUAUACCUUACACAAUGCAAGCUGUAAAGCAAGGAUUUCAAGAUCUCGGUGCAUCCUCACUGCAGUCUGCUCAUGAUCUUUUAAGUUCAGGUGUACUGAGGUUAGAGGUUCGCUCAGGAGCUGCACAAGUUGAAGGUGGGGUGCAUGACUUGGUUUUCUAUGAAAAGAAAUCCUUCUGAGGCUUCAAAAUUCACAUGAUAGGCUUGAUGCAUUUGGUACUUCUUUUCUUGAGCACUUGGUGGUCUGUUUUGAUUUUAGCACAUGAGAACGGAAGGGACUUCAUUUCAAGAGCUUGUGAGUGAAUUAAGUUAAAGGUGUUACUCCCAACACCUACGGCAUUUCCUUGGUGAAUAUGUGCUAUGAAGCGCAAUAAGCUUCUAAUCUGUUCUCAAUGUUUGUUGUCAAUCCUCUGACCCUUCCUUUUAUGUUAUUUGGAUGUCCCAUGUUUGGGAAGAGGAUAAACACUAGUGUUAUCAUUAUGAUUACUUUUAUUAUUAUUAUUAUUAUUAUUGUCAAACUAGAUUGAAAUAUCAUGUGAUCUCUCCAUGUGCGAUGCUCUAUGCUUAUGGUCAGUGAUGAUUUCAAGCUCUACUGAUUUACUAGA